GGUGACAUUGUUGGAAGAUAAUGACRCCUUGGCUGAAUACCGUUACAUGCUGAAUAUCAGCACUGGGCAUCGGCGUGGUGCUUCCACCUCCUCUCAGGUUACUGUGACUCUGCUGGGCAUGGAGGGAGAGAGUGAGCCACACCACCUCACUGACCCUGACAAGCCUGUUUUUGAGAGGGGUGCAGUGGAUACGUUCCUGUUGACCACACCCUUCUCUCUGGGGGAGCUGCAGAGCAUCAGGCUGUGGCACGACAACUCAGGGGGGCACCCUGCCUGGUAUAUAAACAAAGUGACGGUGCAGGAUCUAGAAACUGGACAGAAGUGGCACUUCCUGUGUCACUCAUGGCUGGCCAUAGAUAUGGGCCAGUGCAUCCUUGAUAAAGUAUUCCCUGUUGCCUCUGACACGGAUUUGAAGAAAUUCAGUAAUCUGUUCUUCAUGAAAACGGCAAAGGAUUUCCGUGAUGGCCACAUCUGGUUUUCUGUGAUCAGCCGGCCUCCAACGAGCACCUUCACGUGUCCAGCGAGUCUCCUGCUGUUUCUCUCUGCUGCUCUGCACCAUGCUGACCAGUAUCAUGUUCUGGGGCAUCCCUACCGACCCCUCUGAGCAGACCAUGGACCUGGGUAUGGACGCCUGCACGGUAAUGGUGCUGUUUGUCAGUGAUGUGUACGCCAAGGAACU